AUGUGCUUCCGGGGUCGAGCGAUUGUUUUCCUCGCAACUCCACACCGUGGCACAAAUCUGGCGACUGUAUUGAAUCGUGUACUGCAAUCAACACCCCUCACACAUUCGAAGCAGUUUAUAUCUGAACUCACGCGGAAUUCGUCAACAUUGCAAAAGCUCAACGAGCAAUUUCGUCACAUUGCACCAAAAUUGCAGCUAGUCUCCUACGAAACUCGGCCUACCUCGAUCGGGUUUAAGAAUGCUCGAGUGAUGGUAUUGGAAAAGGACUCAUCGUUACUCGGCUAUCCAGGCGAAACGUCGAAGGCUUUAGAUGCCGACCACCACGGUGUCUGCAAAUACGAGAACCCCAGAGAUCCGAACUAUAUCACAGUGAGAAACAUCCUCAAAUCGCUAGUCGGUAAAAUGAUAUCGACGAAGCAAUCCGGCAGGCCGGAGAUUUCUAAUCGGACAAGAUCCCGAAAACUGAAAGCCAUAUUGGCUAUCUCAGAGUUUCCAGACAUCGAUUACAUCUUCUUCCGGGACCAAUGGACGCAGGGCACCUGUGAGUGGAUUCUUAAAGAACAGGACUAUCUCGAAUGGCUCAACUCUCAAGGACACUCCCAGCAUGUACUCUGGUUGAAAGGAGGUGCAGCAACCGGGAAGUCAGUCCUCUGUUCGUUCAUCAUCAACAGCCUCGUCGAGCAAGGUCUUUGCUGUCAGUACUUCUUCAUCAGAUUUGGGGACCGAAAGAAACGAACUUUGAGCCUUCUCCUCCGCUCAAUAGCCUACCAGAUUGCUCAACAACAUCCCAGCUUCCUGCAAGAUGUCCUUGAGCUAGAAGAUGAAGCUGUGGAUUUUGAGGCCGCGGACCCAAGAACCAUAUGGGAUCGCAUUUUCAAAUCCAUACUCUUCAAGCUGAAUGCGCAAAGAACCCUGUACUGGGUUAUUGAUGGCCUUGAUGAGGCUGGUGAUGCUCGAGCGAUCGUCAAGCUUCUCUCGGGUAUCACCGUGUUAUCGAUGCCAAUUCGGAUUCUUUUGGUCAGCCGAGAGACCCCAGAUAUAGCUACCGGUCUAGAGAAGAUCCCACAACCUCUAUGUCAGGGGUCCAUCAGGAUUGAAGGCCAUCUGGAAGAUCUACGUUGCUAUAUCUGCCGAGAACUUCCCUUAUCUGGCACACCCGAAUUUAAGGAAGGCAUUGUCCAGCGAAUCGUGGAAAGCGCGCAAAACAAUUUUCUCUGGGUACGACUUGCCGUUGAGAGAAUAAAUUCCUGUCAUACGCACUCUGCCGUUGAGCGAGCUUUGCAGGAGUGUCCUCCCGGCAUGGAAGCACUAUAUGAGCGAAUGGCCCUGUCAAUCGCCCAACACCAUUCGUCAUCAGAUAGGUCCUUAGCGUCCGCUGUUCCCCAGCGUGUCACUUACGUCGCGAUGAUUCACCAAACCGCUCGGGAGUACCUACUCGGCGAUGCGGAUCGGCCUUUCCACGUGGAUCGAGACUUAGCACACGAACAGUUGUUUCUGAGCUGCAUGCAGUGUCUGAUGUCUAGCGGUCUUCGAGCGAAAGUCAAUCAGAACACACCGGAGUUUCUCAACUACAGUGAGACUUGCUGGUCCUCUCAUCUGGUGUCAAUUCCUCCAGAUCGUGAGCCAGUAGCUAAGGUCCUAAGCAGAUUCCUGGUAGGUCACUGGGUAUUGACGUGGAUCCAAGUUCUCGCAAAGGAAAACCGGUUGCGGAUACUCAUCCAGGCAUCAAAGCAUCUUUCAGAGUAUGCUGCCAGACGCAAAAGACAGGGCACAUCCCGGACUGGAAAGCAGGCAGUUGUGGAACAAGAAUCCAUCGAAAGCUGGGCGGUGGAUCUUGCCAAGCUUGUCGGAAAGUUUGGUCCCACAUUACGACGGAAUCCCGCUUCGAUAUACAAACUAAUUCCUCCUUUCUGCCCGCGCAACUCUGCCAUAUACCAACAGUUCGGCAAGGCGGAGACGAGAGCUCUCAUGGUUUCCGGCAUUUCGACACGGACCUGGGACGACUCUCUCGCGCGGCUAUCGUUUGGAUCUGGCAUUUAUGCCUCCUCCAUAUCUGCGGCGGGUGCUCAAAUUGCGGUUCUCGCGUCAUCAGGAAACGUAUCCCUCUACGGCUCCUAUGUAUACCGGAUGACGCUAAGCAAUUCCGGGACAUUACUGGUUACCUACGGCUUCAGAACGACAAAAGUCUGGGAAACAACCACGGGAAGAUGCAAAUUGAUGGUUGAGAAUAUAGAAUCACGGCCACGACCACUUGCAAUGCUCUUGACGAACAACAACAACACGCUUCUGGUUGGUACGGAUGGUAGACGGCUACAAACACUUGACUUGAAUGAGGCUACUCCAACAUGGCAACUUCUAGCAAAGUUCGAUGAAGAAGAGCUUGAAGGGCACUUCUUGAAUGCCUCAAGUUACAUGGCUCUCAACAAUGAUGGCACUUUAAUGGCAGUGGCAUAUCGUGGCCAUCCGCUAUCGGCCUGGGAAGUCGAUGGUCCACUCCACAUUAGCCACUGCUGGCGUGCUCGCAAAGAAGUUGCCCGAGGAGAAGUCAUCGAGGCUGUAUGGCACCCAAAAAUCCAGAGAUUUUGGGUCUUUACAUUGAGGGCGUGUACGGGAGCUUCGAGAUUGGCCAUUAGCGGAGACGGAAAUCUUUUCGCAACUGGCGACGUACGCGGCACCGUCAAAGUCUACACCACGUCUGGAUUCAGGCUUCUGUAUCAGUUGGCUUCCCAGGAUACCGUCCUUGGCCUGGUGUUUAGUGUCGAUCAGCACCGCCUUUAUGACGUCCGAGGCUACUAUGGAAACGCUUGGGAACCCACUGCUUUGAUGCGGUAUGCCGAGUGUUCAGGGAACGGAACGGACAGCGAAAGCGAAAGCGAAAGUCUUUCUCAAUGCUCUAUCACGUCUGUAAACUCAUCUCAAAGGGUUGACUCUAUCACAGUACUUACAGCUUCGCCAACCGGUCGGCUCUAUUGCUGUGGUACCGAGUAUGGACGCGUGCAACUGUUCGACACAGAAAAGGGAAAGCUUUCCGAUUUCCACCUCUCCAAAAGCUUCUUCAGCAUCAAACAAAUGACGUGGAGUGCCGAUGGUCGAUACUUUUGCUACGCCGACUCCAGUAAGAAGGUCGUCAUAUUCUCGAUAACUACGUGUCCAUCUACUUCUGACACUGUUGCCGAAAUUCGUUGCGAAAUAUCACUAAAGGUCCACAUGGAAGGCCCUAUUCAACAACUGUUGUUCCAGCCAGAUUCGAGUCACCUUUUUGUGUCCACUUCAUCAACAAUCUGUACGAUAUCGCUCCUGUCAGCUUCUAUAACGCACUCAGCAGCGUCGCAUCUACAUGAGCGCAAGUGGGUCACACACCCCCAAGAUUCGGCGCUAAUCCUUGGAUUCGGACCGGAUUCCAGCGCCACGGGCUCCAGAGUCAUUGAUCGCGUCCUUGUCACCCCCGACAGGAAGCAUAUGCUAGUUCAGAUGUCGUUCGGCCGCAACUCGAGAGAAAAAGAAUACCUCUAUUUCCCCACGUCAUCCGUCUCAGCAAGCACAGCAGCUACCAUCGAGCUCGAGCAAGCCAAUAGGUGGGAAAUAAUUAUCCCUGCGCUUCUUCCGCGGCCGAUGUCCUCACAAAUUACCCUCGCACUCUCUUUCCUCAAACGAGACCGCCUUUUGUUCCUUUCGCGAACCUUCACAGUCUGCUCUUGGCAAAUCCCGUCAUACCACGACCUAUCCCUAUCUUCACGGCUUUCCCGCCGCGCAAGUUCUGAUAGUACCGCCACGGUAACGUUAAACGACGCAUCCCUCCCCGAUGGGGAAGAUAGUCGGGACGCCGGUAUGCCAGCGGAGAAAGUCAGCAGCGAAAUCUUCGCAUUACCUGCAGACUGGAUAAGUAGAGAUUGUUUAGAGUUAUGCAGGGUCUGGCUUAGGGAAAAGUCUUUACUGUGUCCGCGAAAUGGAGAGGUUGCACUUGUCAGAUGCGCCAGUUUCGUCUAA